CAUGAUUGAUGAUUGAAUAUUGAGAAAUUAAAGAAUUUAAGCCAUACCCAUAAAUAUAAAUUUAAAAUAAAAUCAAACGACUAACAUAUGAAAUAAAAAAAUAUAAAAUAAAAAGAAUUUGAACAAGUUUGAUUGAUAUCAUAUAUCCGCGUUGGCAAAUUCUCCAAGAAGACAAACAAAAGGAAGAAGAAGAGGAAUCGAAUCGAAGGCCAAAAACCUGAACAUAUAGAUUCUCAUCCUCACAGCAUGCUCUCUCCACUCUCACACACCUGAUCCCAAUCUCCUCCUACACCUUCUUCCAUUUUCCCUCAAUUCACCGAUUUCAUCGCUAAAAUCUUCAACCACCACCAUGAACGAUUUCGAUGGCCUUUUGGCUUCCGAUUUCGGCCUCAAACCUCAAGGUAAAUCCGCUCCAAUGGCUCCUCCAACUAAAUCUUCUUCCAAUCAUCCUAAUUCCACUUCUCUCAACUUCGAUUUCGGAUCCCGAUCCGCUCGUACAUCGGAUUCUCUAUACGGAUCCUCCACCGUCCGUCACAAUCGCGACGCCGGAAGUUUCGACGAUCUAUUCACUACUGGAUCCAAGCCUCGUGGAGCUGAUUCACCGUUCGAUUUAGACUCUAUGUUUCCACGAGGGAAUUCCUCGCCGCCUCCGAUUUAUGAUAAACCGGUUUAUGAUGACGAUGUUUUUGAUGGUGUGCCUGGGUUGAAGACUACGGGGAAGGUUAAUUUUGAAAAUGUUUUUGCUUCGCCCAAAACGGAAAGUGGUGCGUUUGAUGAUCUUUUGGGUGGAUUUGGUAAGGAAUCGAAGGGUUCCUCUAAGAAAGGAUCGGAGAAAGAUGAUAAACGUGGUUCUGAUUUUGAUGAUUUACUACCUGGAUUUGGAAGUAGUAGAUCACCGUCUAGUGACAGGCAUGCUCCUGAUAUUGGUUUCUCCUCAGAACCAACUGUCAAUGCAUCUAAAACAACCUCCACUGCAGCAGAAGACCCUUUCAACGUAUUUGAAUCAACUUCAUCCCCAAUGGAUUCAUCCACAGGCAACUUCACAGACCCUUUGGAAGAAAUUAGUAAAUUUAGUAGUUCUAGAAGCACAAAAAAUAACAAUUCAUCAACUUCAAAUGGCAAAGUAUAUGAAGACAUUGACCCUUUUGACGGGCUUGGAAAAUCUGUACCAGCAUUCUCUUCUGAGAGAAAUAACAACAAGGGUAACAGUUCUUCAGGGUUGAACACAAGCACAAGUUGGACUAGAGAUAAAGAACCGGUUGAUAAUUUGUCCGGGUUGAGUCCUGAGAGUCACUCACAAAAAGACAUUCCCCCAUUUUACAUGCCUACAUUUUCAUCUGAUUCUAAUAAUCCAGCUAGCCAAAGGUCUACUUCCCCUCCAAAUAAUAAUACUGGUUUUGGACAAGCCAAUAUUCAGGCAGAUAUGUCUCCAAAAUAUGAAGAAAACUUGGAAUCAUAUGAAGAUGUAUGGCUGACUGUCUCAGAGAUUCCUCUUUUUACACAACCAACCGCUGCUCCACCACCUUCAAGACCCCCUCCUCCACGGCCAGUGCAUAUUAACAGGUCAGGAUCAGGUUCACCGGCUUCUACAAAUACUGGAAAGAAGGCUAAUGAGUAUUCUUCUUUCCCGGGUUCCACUCGAUUCUCACAUGGUCCUAAGUCUGCUCCAGCAGCAGCAGCAGCGGUAUCCCCGACAUCUCAGUUUGACGAACUUGAUGAUUUUGCCAUGGGCAGUAGUCAUAGUAAUGAUGUUGAGAGUCCCAAAGAUGAGUUGGAGAUGAACACAGCUGCUGCGGCCAUGAAGGAAGCAAUGGAUAAAGCUGAGGCUAAAUUUAGGCAUGCAAAGGAAGUAAGGGAGAGAGAGUAUACAAAGGCUGCUAAAAGCAAAGAAUCUGUGCAAUCGGAAAAAGAUGACAGAGCUAUACUAGAGGAGAGAGAGAAACAAGAAAGGUUAGAUCGUGAGCGGCAGCAAAAGGAGAGAGAGGAAAAAGAGCAAAGAAGAUUAAUGAAAGAAAGGGAGGAGAGAGAUAAGGCUAGACAGGCCGUAGAAAGAGCUACAAGAGAAGCUCGCGAAAGAGCAGCUGCUGAAGCACGCCAGAGAGCUGAGAGGGCUGCAGUUGGGAAAGCUAAUGCUGAAGCUCGAGAGCGUGCUGAAAGAGCUGCAGUGCAAAGGGCACAGGCUGAGGCCCGAGAAAGGGCAGCUGCAGAUGCAAAGGAAAGAGCUGAGAAGGCUGCUGCAGAGGCAAAGGAGAGGGAAGCACGAGCUACAGCGGCGAGGGCUGAAGCUGAAGCACGAGUUAAAGCCGAACGUGCUGCAGAUCGGGCUGCUGCUGAGGCCAGAGAGAGGGCUGCAGCUGCUGCAAGGAAGAACCAACAGAAGAAUGAAAAUGAUCUCGAAUCCUUCUUUGGCAUGGGUGCAAGACCCAACAGUGCUCCAAGGCCUCCUAGGACUACCUCAACAGAGUCGGUAUUUGAAAACCAAUUUCAGUCAGAUGCAACAAGGAAAUCUACAAGUGUAUCUUCAAAUAUGAAGAAAGCAUCAUCAUCAACUAAUAUUCAUGAUGAUCUGAGCUCAAUAUUUGGAGCUGCUCCCUCAUCUGGAGAGUUUCAAGAAGUUGAAGGGGAAAGUGAAGAAAGGCGAAAAGCUAGACUGGAACGCCACCAGAGGUCUCAGGAGCGUGUGGCAAAAGCAUUGGCUGAGAAGAAUCAGCGGGACUUGCAAACUCAAAGAGAGCAAGCUGAGAGAAGUAGGCUUGGUGAAACACUAGAUUUUGAAAUUAAGCGGUGGUCCGCAGGAAAAGAAGGGAACUUACGAGCUUUGCUUUCCACCUUACAAUAUGUGCUGUGGCCUGAAUGUGGUUGGCAGCCAGUCGGUUUAACUGAUUUGAUUACAGCUGCUGCUGUUAAAAAAGCUUAUAGGAAAGCUACAUUGUGUAUUCAUCCUGAUAAAGUACAGCAGAAGGGUGCCAAUCUUCAGCAAAAAUAUAUUGCAGAGAAGGUGUUUGACCUACUCAAGGAAGCGUGGAAUAAAUUUAAUUCCGAGGAGCUGUUCUAAUCUUUGAUGAUUUAUAUACUUCCAAGGUAAUUAUUUCGACAGUUCUAUUAAAGAGGAGAGACCACAACCCUGUUUCUGCUGCCUCCCCGAUCGCAUAAUUGUUUUGAUUGAAGUUAUGAUGCGAUGUUGGUAACAUAUUGCUUCCCUGUCUGGCUGGCUUUCUUGGUUGUCAUUGAUGUUCUUCCCGGGGGUUGUUAUGUUUCUACAGAUGUUUUAUAAAUGUAGCUUGUUUUGUUGAUGUAAAAUAUCUUUUUGUGCUAUCAAUUUUAUUAUUCAUUAUCCUUGUCUAGCGAGGGCUCACAAGCCGACAAGCGAUCCCUUUUUUUUUUUUACUUAAUUUUGGUUCAAAAGAUGGCCUGCCACGAUGUGGUCGUGGGAUGCACUUCUUUUCUAUUUGUGAUAUAUAGCACGAUGUCUUGAAUAUAUACCAUCUUGUGGAUUUACAUAAAAAACUGACAAUUAUACAUGAA